AUGAAGCAGUUAGGCCAUACCACGGAUGUCGUGAACAACGGAGCUGAAGCUGUGCGUGCAGUUCAGUCCUGUUUUUACGAUCUCAUUUUGAUGGACGUCAGCAUGCUGGUUAUGAAUGGCCUUCAAGCUACACAAUUGAUUCGUUCUUUUGAAGAAACUGGCAAUGGGAUGCUGCUAUUACAGCUGGAAUAG